GCCGUCAUCAACAGUGCUCAGCAUCUUCUGAGAGCUGCGCGAGGGAGAGAGGAGGAAGAGGGGGAGAGACGGGGAGAAGGCGCAAGACAAACGGGGGAAAUCACAAUAAUGGAGUGGCGGCGGAAGAGGUUGGUUUCGCGAGCUCGGACUCUUCAUAUUUGACAUUUUCAUUUUCUGUAAAUUGGAUCUACAUUCUGUCUUAACGGGCUGUGCGCCGAUAUCUCCAGUAGCCUAGCUCACCUAGCUCACCUAGCUCAAGAAGCCCUCCACGGCUGCAGCAAAUGCUACACGCAAACGGGGCAUCCACCACUGGCACUAGGCAACGGUUUAUCAAUUCUGGUGGGCUUGAGUUAGAAUACUAAAGGACAUAUUUUGAAGGUAGCAUUGGUUGAGUAGAUUACAAAACCAUUGACCGUUUUACUGUGAAAUAUUGUAUUUUGGACUCCACUUGUUUUUUCCAAAAAGGAAAUGUUAAGCAUUAUAAAUUAUGAAUUAACAGUGUAUCUAUUCGUGUCUCUUUUCAACAAUGUGUAACCAUGUAGGUUCGCAGGUUGAAUGUACAAUGUUUUGUUAAAUUAAAAUAAAGGCUAGUUAAUAAUAAUAACAACCACAAUAAUAAUAAUAAAUCAACGUCUUUGAAAUGGAUUUCUUCUGAAUAGCUACAUUGCUACCAAAUUACAAGCACACCUUUGGCAACUCGUGGAAACAACCAGAGACGAGCAAAAACUGUGAGUGAGUCACUGAAAUAAACUUAAGAAACCUAUAGUGGAAAACAUGUUGCCUUCACAAGAAGCCGCCAAGAUUUACCAUGACAACUACAUGCGGAACUCCCGUGCCAUCGGAGUACUCUGGGCGAUAUUCACCAUAUGCUUUGCCAUCAUCAACGUGGUUGUCUUCAUUCAGCCUUACUGGAUCGGGGACAGCGUGAGCACGCCGCAGGUGGGUUACUUCGGUUUGUUUCACCAGUGCGUUGGGAGUGGACCGCCCAACCGAGAGCUCGACUGCACGGGCAGCUUUAUUGAGUUCAGCUCCAUCCCCUCCGGUGCCUUCAAAGCGGCCUCGUUCUUUGUACUGCUGUCCAUGAUUCUGAUUCUGGGCUGCAUCGCCUGUAUGGCGCUCUUCUUCUUCUGCAACACCGCCAGCGUCUACAAGACCUGUGCCUGGAUGCAGCUCCUAUGUGCUACAUCAUGGACAGAGAAGUUAGAUGACAAGACAGAACAUAAUGACGCAGCUUUUCUUUCUCUCUUUCUCACUGUAUGCUUGGUGUUGGGCUGUAUAAUCUUUCCGAACGGCUGGGAUGCAGAGGUGGUGCGGGACCUGUGUGGGGAGGAGACGGGGAAGUAUACGCUGGGUAACUGCUCUGUCCGCUGGGCUUACAUCCUGGCUAUUAUGGGCAUCCUGGACGCCCUGAUCCUGUCCUUCCUGGCCUUCGUUUUGGGGAACAGACAGAACGACAUGUUCCUGAAGGAACUCAAGGCUGACAACAAUAAAGAUUUCGCUGUGUCCAGGGUAAGUGACUUUAUUGAGGUCCGGGACAGAAGACGCGACCCAAGGUAUGUUGCAGUCCAGAGGUUCCACUGAGGAGCGCCUUGCCUUGGAUGACCCCCCUCUGAGCGGAUCCUUGCCUUGGGUGACCCCCCUCUGAGCGGAUCCUUGCCUUGGGUGACCCCCCUCUGAGCGGAUCCUUGCCUUGGAUGACCCCCCUCUGAGCGGAUCCUUGCCUUGGAUGACCCCCCUCUGAGCGGAUCCUUGCCUUGGAUGACCCCCCUCUGAGCGGAUCCUUGCCUUGGGUGACCCCCCUCUGAGCGGAUCCUUGCCUUGGAUGACCCCCCUCUGAGCGGAUCCUUGCCUUGGAUGACCCCCCUCUUAGAGGAUCCCUGCUUUGAUUGACCCCCCUCUUAGAGGAUCCCUGCUUUGAUUGACCCCCUUCUUAGAGGAUUGCUGCCUUGGUUGACCCCCCUCUGAGGGGAUCCUUGCCUUGGAUGACACCCCUCUCCUCUACUCCCUCUCAUCCAGUCAUCAGGCUAAUAUCCAACCUGGCUCCAUGCGCAGACCACAUGUACAGCAUUCUGUAAUAUAAAACUGGGAGAAACUAUAUUUUACAUAGUAUUAUGUUGUAAAGUGCAUUACAACUACUUUUAAAAAAAGAGACAAUAUUUGUAAAUAAAAUGUGUCCAAAUGGAACUAUACUUUGCAGCUUUACAGAAAUAGACCUCUCUGGGAAUUUAGAUACUGUACAUACAAGGCAAUGUAUAUAUUUGGAACGGUACAAUGAGCAUCAAACCCUUCAAUGGAAAUGUUGUUCAGUGUAUUUCUAUCCUUUGCAUAAUGAUUUGAGUACGAAAGUAGAAUAAAGCAGAACAAAACAAAUAUUUGGUAAACAUUUAAUAGAUCCCAUAAAACUGAAGCGUUUGGAGUGUUUUUUAAGGUAUUUACUGUCAAGCAAUUAAAAGUAGAGAAUAUUUUCUGAAAUGAUUCAUCUGAAACAGGGUAGGCUAAAGAAAUGAUUCAUCUGAAACAGGUUAGACUAAAGAAAUGAUUCAUCUGAAACAGGAUAUACUUAAGAAACAGGGUAGACUAAAUAAAUGAUUCACCUGAAACAGGGUAGGCUAAAGAAAUGAUUCACCUGAAACAGGGUAAGCUAAAUAAAUGAUUCACCUGAAACAGAGUACCGUAGACUAAAUAAAUGAUUCACCUGAAACAGGGUAGUGUAAUAAAUUAUUAACCUGAAACAGGGUAGACUAAAUAAAUGAUUCACCUGAAACAGGGUAGACUAAAUACAUGAUUCACCUGAAACAGGGUAGUGUAAUAAAUGAUUAACCUGAAACACGGUAGACUACAUAAAUGAUUCAUCUGAAACAGGGUAAGCUAAAGAAAUGAUCUGGUACACUAGAUACGGUAGAUGUCAGGAAAACAUAUUUGAGAUAUUAGUCCUAUCAGAAGGAAGCCCUGUAUGCUGCAUUCCCCUCAGGUCCCUCAGCACCGAGAUACUGGGGCCACAGGUCUCCACGUCUCCACCACACCAUCCUAACAGGCUUUCUACUGCACAUUGCAGUGACCAACACGCACUGGGCCUGUGUGGAUUUAACCUGUUAACCCCACAAUGGGGAAAGAAUACUGGUAAAAAUCAUCAUCUAUGUAGAGGCAGAAUUUCUACCAACUUAAAAAAAAAAUGGCAUCUAGUGAAGAACUACACGUGUACUUGUUCAUAAUCCUUGCUACACUGGACAGAGUUGUUGUAAAUUGAGAAGCUAAAUGCCUAUGUUAAUAGGUGGCAGCCAAUUCUCAGGAAGCUGCACUGUAGGGGAGAGUGGGGUAUGUCAUGCCACCCCUUGUUUCUAGGAAACCAUACACAAAAUAAAUCAUGUUACUAAAUAUGUAGGAAGUCUGUGAAGGAAGAAACCACAUGGAAAAAGUGGUAAGCAAGUUAGGUCCCCCCCAAAAAACUGAUUUUCACAAAGUCAAAUGUAUUGUCUUACAGGUUUCAUGAUGCAUGUAUCUAAGCCAAAGUAGAUCAUUUUAAGACUGUUUUAUACAUCAGUUGGGGUCUAAAGAAGCUACAAUAUGUGGUCCUAUAUUUAGCAUGAAAGUGCUAGCAAUGUGAGCCAAUAUAGUAAAAAGUGUUGCUUUGGGAUACACUGUUCCAUUUUACCAGGGGCAAGUUGAGCGAAUACAAAUGAUGAUUACAUUUUGUAAGUUUUAUGCAUAAUAUGCAUAGUAUUUUGAAGACACUUCAUAUUCAUGUGAUUUUCAAAUGAUGAAAAAUGCCUUCAUCAGUUGGGUUCGGACACCUUUAGGCUACAAUUGAAGUGUUUUCUUCUCAGGCGUAAUGCAAGGCGUAUGAGGUUACACCAGGGUCUGAGCCUAUGUUAAAAGUGCUUUAAAAAGUACCAAGUGUCGUACCAAGAAAUAUGUCCCUAUGCUUACCCUGUUCCUAUGCUCUAUUUACGCCAUACCCGGGGUAAGUUUACAAUUGGCUCAUUCAUCCCCCUCCUCUCCCCUGUAACUAUUCCCCAGGUCGUUGCUGCAAAUGAGAAUGUGUUCUCAGUCAACUUACCUGGUAAAAUAACGGUAAAAUAAAAUAAAAUAAAAAAAAUAAAGUUGUGCCAAGAGAACACUGUUUUAGGACAAACUAUGUUUUCAAAAUUAUUAUGGUUACGUGAAUUCUGAUUAUGUCACAACAUCCGGAAAUAUAUGCAUAUAUCUUUAUUAGAAAGAAAACUAUAUUUAAUUUGACGUAGUGAUGCUAAAUGUAAAAAAUGCUCAACAUACCCCGCUCUCCCCUACUGUAAGACACUGUACACUAAAUCAAACACUACUCUUACUCCAGAAUAGAGCGUUGGGUCUGAUCGGACAAAACAUUGCUUUUGUAAAUAUCUGUUUCUCUCCUUUGUGUUGUUAUUUUGAGAGCUUGACAACUUGUUAUACCUUAACUUAAUGAGCACACUACCGUACCUACAGAUGGGUUACACAACCAUAGAUGGGUUACACAACCAUAGAUGUGUUACAUAACCAUAGAUGGGUUACAUAACCAUAGAUGGGUUACAUAACCAACAACUCUUUUUUUCUUCUGGCUCCAAAGUAAGGUUGAGCUCUGAGUGCUGUCUUUGCCCCAUCACUCAACUCAGUGGGAGGCCUCUUUGAAUUACAGUCAAUUAACAGAGUCAAGGACAACAGUGGGCUUCAACACAAGCACACAUAAAGAAACACUGGAAUAUAAAGUCACUGGCCAGUUUAUUAAGUACAACCAUCUAGUACCGGGUCGGACCCCCCCUUUGGUUCCAGAAUGGCCUGAAUUCUUGGGGGCAUUCUACAUGGUGUCAGAAGCAUUCCACAGGGAUGUUUGUCCAUGCUGACGCGAUGGCAUCACGCAGUUGCUGCGGAUUGGACGGCGAUAUGUUAAUUCCAUCUCAUACCAAGGAUAUUCUGCUCUAUUGGGUGGAGGUCGGGGGCCUGACCAUGUUCCAGGUCAUGUUUUUCCACUCCUCAAUUGUCCAGUGUUAGUGAUCACGUGCCAAAUGGAGCCGCUUCUUCUUGUUUUCAGCUGAUAGGAGUGGAACCCUAUCAGUGACAAGGAUCGACGAGACAAGGAUCGACGAGUUGGGCAUUUUGAGAUGACGCUCUGCACACCACUGUUGUACUGCACCGUUAUUUGUCUGUUUGUGGCCCGCAUGUUAGCUUGCACCAUUCUUGCCAUUCUCCUUCGACCUCUCAUCAACGAGCUGUUUUCUCCAACAGGACUGCCGCUGACUAGAUGUUCUUUUUUUAUCGCUACUAUUCUUGGUAAACCCUAGACACUGUCAUGCAUGAAAAGCCCAGGAGUGCGGUCAUUUCUUAUAUACAGGAUCCGGUGCGCCUGGCACCGAUGAUCAUACCACAUUCAAAGUUGCUUAAGUCACUAGUUUUACCCAUUCUAACGUUCAAUUGAACAGUACCUGAAUGCCUCGAUGCCUGGCUACCUGCUUUAUAUAACAAGCCACGACAACGUGACUCACUGUCUGUAGGUGCAGUCCAUUUUCGUGAAAAGGGUGGUGUAUCUAAUAGACUGGCCGGUGAGUGUAUAUUACAGAUAUAUCAUUUCAACCCCAAAAAUUAUUAUGAGAUUUUAGAUAUGUUUGUACUUUUUUAUAUAUAUCUUACCAACAAAAAUGUUGACAAAAUAUGUUGCUAUCAUCUGAAAAAUGUAUUCAUGACAAUCUGUGGAUUUGUUGUAUAUUGAACUAUAAUACUGUAUACCAGUGGUUCCCAAACUUUUUAUAGUCCCGUACCCCUUCAAACAUUCAACCUCCAGCUGCGUACCCCCUCUAGCACCAGGAUCAGCACACUCUCAAAUGUUGGUUUUUGCCAUCAUUGUAAGCCUGCCACACACACACUAUACGAUACAUUUAUUAAACAUAAGAAUGAGUGUGAGUUUUUGUCACAACCCGGAUCGUGGGAAGUGACAAUGAGCUCUUAUAAGACCAGGGCACAAAUAAUAAUAUAAUAACAAUCAAUAAUUUUUCCUCUUUAUUUAACCAUCUUACAUAUAAAACCUUAUUUGUUCAUUGAAAAUUGUGAAUAACUCACCACAGGUUAAUUGGAAGGGUGUGUUUGAAAGGAUGCACACAACUCUGCAAUGUUGGGUUGUAUUGGAGAGAGUCUCAGUCUUAAAUCAUUUUCCACACACAGUCUGUGUCUGUAUUUAGUUUUCAUGCUAGUGAGGGCCGAGAAUCCACUCUCACAUAGGUACGUGGUUGCAAAGGGCAUCUUUGUCUUAACAGUGUGAUUUGGCAAGGCAGGGAUCUCUGAGCGCAGCCCAAUCCAUUUAAUUUACAAAGAACGGCUUGUUGCAAUUUUGAUGAGGCUCUCUUGUUCAGAUAUGGGUAAGUGAACUGGAGGCAGGGCAUGAAAGGGAUAACGAAUCCAGUUGUUUGUGUCAUUUGUUUCGGGAAAGUACAUGCGUAAUUGCACACCCAACUCACUCAGGUGCUUCGCUAUAUCAUAUUUGACGUUGUCCGUAAGCUUGAGUUCUCUCUCACCCAGAUAGGCCAGUCGUGUGAGAAACUCAUCAUCAUGCAAGCGGUCAGACUAGUGAAAAUUAUGGUCAGUAAAGAACUUUAAGCUCGUUUCUCAACUCAAAAAAACGUGUCAAUACUUUGCCCCUUGAUAACCAGGGCACUUCUGUAUGUUGUAAAAGCGUUACAUGGUCGCUGCCCAUUGCAUAAUGUAGAAAACAAAGUUAACAAUUUUCACUGUAAUGUCCAAAACGUCUUUCAAUCUGUCAGGUGUUCUCUUGGCAGCAAGAGCUUCUUGGUGGAUGCUGCAGUGUACCCAAGUGCUUGCACGUGCAUUACCACUCCACUAUGUCUCCCUGUCAUGGGCCAUCAGUACAGAUACCAACAUGAGCAGCAGCUACGUCCUGCGAAAGAGUAGCGGUUAAUGUGAUUGGAAGUUCAUUAUUUGACUAGGCUACCUGUAUUUGAUAUUGUGUUGUUAUUUUGCUGAACACUAGAUGGUUUAAUGUUAUUUUUGGCAGUGAAACAAGGCUACUCAGGUGAGAAAUAAACCACCCAGAUGUAUAACCCUGUUGGAAAAUAAAUGUGAAUCACAUUUCUAUUUGGCGUUCCCCCAACGGCAUUGGGUACCCCCGUUUGGGAAUACCUGACUGUAUACAAUAUUGUUGAGAUUUUCUGCUGACAUUUUAGUUGUCUGUGUUAUGGAAUGAAGCAGUAAUGUAUUGUGAGAUUUUCACUGAAAGUGUAAUGAUAAUCAUUCAGUCUCUCACUUUGUAAAAUGUCUUAAACCUACAAAGGCUAAAUGAAUUGGUAAGAGUGCUGGUUCAACAACUACAAUAAAACAACAACAAUAACAGUAUCAACUAAUCAAGUAACAUUUUACCAUUGUUUAAUGUGUGUCCAAAGACAUAAACGUGUCAACAUUAUGUACCAUU